AUGUACCAGGACAGCGGCGAGUUCGGCGACUCGGCAUUUCUCUGCAUCUGGGGCUUGGGCUUCGGCGUCGGCCUCCUGUUCCAGGUCAGCGGCGGGUUCGGCGACGCGGCAUUUCUCUGCCCCUGGUGGUGGGCCAAGUGCUGGCAGUUCGGCGUCAAGGUCAGCUGUUUCAGGUCGGCUAAACGUUGCUGCAUCACGACAGUCAAUGCUGGCUCGCAUGGGCCGCUGUUUGAGUAUCUCUCGGAGUACCAGGGCUCGGUUCUCUUGGCGCAGGAGACCAGAGUCGUGGAGGCCCGUUUAGGAGAAUUUCAGAAUAGGGCGAGGGAUGCAGGCUGGCACGGGCUGUGGUCAGCAGCGUUAGAGACGGGCGAGUCGGCCAUGUCCAACUCGAGUGGGGUGGUGGUCUUUGCUCGCACCAACAUCACCAUCACCGCCCCCCCUGACGGCAGCCAUGUGAUAUAUCCUGGAAGAGCGGUAUGCGCCCACGUGCAAUGUGGGGUCCCAGGUGGCAUUGUCUUUGCUAGCGUUUACUUUGUGACGGCGAUUGGCAUGACUGGAGAAAAUCUUGCUAUACUUUGGGCAGUUGUGCAGAGGAUUGCUCAGUGGCAGGCUCUGGGACUGGACUGGGUGAUAGGCGGAGAUUGGAAUUGCGACUUCUAUGCCGUCAAUGUCAAAGGUUGGGUCGAGAAGCUUGCAGGCUUGGCGUUUGUUCCGUCGGAGGCCACGUGCAUUACCGACGCUGGUUCGUCCAAGAUUGAUUAUUUUCUGGCCGCCAGCAUUUUGGUUCCAAGACUCGACAGGCAGGCGGUGGUGAUGAAUGCCCAAGCCACCAUUCCACCUCCACAUUUUCCCGUGCAGCUGGUGGUCCAUGGGUCGGACAGGCCCAUGUGGUGUCGAGUUGCUGAUGAACCGAGGAAGUUUCCCCCGAUCCCACCAGUAGGAUGUGCGAGGUACCCUUACAACUGGGACGGGAUCAAAGGCAUGUUUGAGUCGGUGAAGGCGCCCAGUGACUUACCGCGUGUGUGGGAUGCAGUACUUGAUGGCGUUGAUUUCGAGAUCGCUGGGAGAUUUGACAAAGUCGAUGGUAAGGCCCAGGAAUUCGUUGGACGAGCUGGACCCCCGAGAUUCAAAUGGGAACAAACGACAUGGACUCCACCUCGAAAGCGAGAAUAUCGAGACUCCAGGGUAGCUGCGUGGGCCACGGCAAAGCGUUGGGUGGCCCACUUGCGGUCGGAGAAGGAUAAGCUGCACCGUUUCUGUGAGCGGCUCCGAAUAUGCAGUGCGGUGUGCACGUUAACCGAGAUGCAGUACUUCAAGGUGCUGCAGGCGUUCGACGAGGCUGGGAGAUAUUGUGACAAGAUUUCUGCUGAGCAGUGGGUGCUCAAGGAUUUGGGUGAGGAGUUCAGUGAAUUUCUGCAAAAAGGGUUGGUGAUGAUUGUCGAUCCAAACUUUGAGAGUAUCACUGAUGCCAUUUCCGCCCAGGCCGACAAG